AUGAAAGUAAUUACCGAUAAACAAGUUUCACAAUUCUUGGAUGGACAUCUUACCAAGGAAUCAAUUAUUGAAAAAUUUCAACCAACUUUACUUAAAAGUUUAACCACUUAUUCUCAAAAUUCAGAUGCAAUUGUACCACCACGAACCGUUCAACUGACAAAUAAUCCUAAUUCAGACACAACCCAUAUCUACAUGCCUUGUAUUUCUCCAGAUGAAGUAGGAAUCAAAGUGAUUAGUGGUGGACCAGGAAACAACACCAAAGGGUUAGGUUUUCAAGGUUGCGUAUUGAUCAUGGACGAAAUCACCGGUCAAUUACAAGCUGUAUUGAAUGCUAAUACCUUGACAGCUUUUAGAACUGCAUUGGCCAGUACUUUGGGUUUGAUUAAAAAGAUUCCUUUAGAACAAGAUAUCCUUCCCAAGAUUACUGUUUUUGGGGUUGGAUUACAGGCUUACUGGCAUGUCAAACUUGCAUUGAUCUUAUAUCAAGGGAAAAUCACUCAAGUCAAUAUAUUGAAUCGUACGUUGAAGAAUGCUGAAACUUUGGCCGAAAAGCUUUCACUGGAGUUUGGAAAUGAUAUAAAAUUCAAUGCAUACCUGUACCAAGAUGAAGCUCUGGGAUUUAUACCACAUGUCAGAAAUAGUUCAAUUAUAUUUGGAUGUACUCCAGCUACAAAUCCUAUAAUUAAAAAGGAUUAUUUGAAUCAAGAUCCUCAUAUUCCUAAAUUCAUCUCUUUGAUUGGAUCAUAUAAACCUCACAUGAUUGAGUUAGAUUUGGAUUUAUGUAAAAGUUUGAAACAAAAAGGUGUAGCCAUUAUUGUGGAUUCAAGAGAACAUACCUUACAUGAGGCUGGUGAGUUGAUCCAAGCUGAAUUUACUAGCGAUCAAUUGAUUGAAAUCCAUGAGUUAAAUGUUGAAAAUGCUACCAAGGUAACCGAUGAUUCUACCAAUCUCACAGUCCAAAAGAUUGUUGGAUUAUCUAUCAUGGAUCUUAGUAUGGGUAAGCUUGUUUACAAUGAGAUUGGAACCGAUGCAGUAGUCAUUGACGAUUUUUAA